UUCUUUCAUACAAGUCAAACUAAGCCGCAUUGGCAUAAAAACUCAUAUAAAUCAAUCCUCUUCUCCAAAAUCACUCCAAAUUUUACGCAACUCACCGGGAAAUUAUAUCGUCGCCGAUUUCAAUCUCAGAUCUCGAAAAUUAGGGAUUUCAAUUGAACAAAACUUCAACUAUCUCGUUUAAUUUUGUUAGGGUUUUGAUUGCGAACAAUGGAUUGGCAAGGGCAGAAAGUGGCUGAACAAUGGAUGCAAAUUCUUCUGCUAGUUUCAGCAGCAAUUGCAUUUGUAACAGGUUAUUUGAUGGGUUCAUUCCAAUUGAUGGUGCUAAUCUAUGCAGGCGGCGUCGUUUUGACUGCUCUGAUCAUCGUCCCAAAUUGGCCAUGGUUUAAUCGUCAUCCUCUCAAUUGGCUUGACCCGACCGAAGCCGAUAAACACCCGAAGCCUCAACCAGCUGUGAGUUCUGCAAACAAGAAGAAGAACAACAAGCAAAAGUAGAGGAAUUUGAUGGAAAUAAAUUGAAUUUAUAGGUUAUAAGUUUCUGCCCAUUAAUCGUUUGAUUAUGUUGUUGUGAUCACGUUGUUUAUUGUUUUAGUGGAGUUUUAUAUGAUUGUUUAAGAUGGCAGGAAUUGAUUUUGGUUAUAUGAGCUAACAACUUACCAUAUGGAAAUUUUAGUGUUAUGUUAUAAAUGGGUUUAUUGGGAAA